AUGCAAAGAAAUGGAGGAACCAUACCUGCUAUUACUGGUGAUAUAGACCAUAAAAAUGCAAUUCAUAUAUUCCCAAAAGAUUUAUUAUAUCUACGAUCAAGUAUAAUUGCAUAUGGAUCUUCAUUAGUAUCUACAUUUGUUGGUUUCCCAUUAGAUACAAUUAAAGUAAGAAUGCAAACUCAUAAAGAAUUUACAAGUUAUUAUGAUUGUAUUAAAAAGACAUUUGCAAAAGAAGGUAUUAAAGGAUUUUUUAGAGGUGUUUGGGCUCCAUUAAUAUCAACUUCAUUUUCAAAAUCAUUAAGUGUUUCAAUUUAUUCAUAUACUAAACCAUAUAUUUAUAAUGGUUUAUUUAAUAAUUCAUUUUAUCGUGAUAUUAAAGAAGACCAUCCUUUUAUAAGGAAUCUACCUGUUUGUUUUUUAUCAGGUUUAAUUGCAGGAGGUUGUGUUUCGAUAUUUGCUUGUCCUUUUGAAUUUAUAAAAGUUUAUGCACAAUUAGAAAAAUUAGUUGGUAAUAAAGUUGGAGCAAAAUUAAAUAAUACAUCAACUAUUCAAAUAAUGCGUAAUAUAAUAAAAUAUAAAGGUUUAUUAGGAUUAUAUUCUGGAUUUAAAUUACAUUUACUUAGAGAUUCAGUUUCUACAGGAAUAUAUUAUAGUUUUUAUGAACUGGUUAAAUUAUUAUUAAGUGGUACACAAUCUUCACCAUUUGCAAUAUUAAUAGCUGGAGGUUUAUCAGGAGUUUUAAGUUGGAUUAUUAUAUUUCCAGUAGAUACUGCAAAAUCUUUAAUUCAAAAUGAAGUAGUUAAAAGUAUAUUAAGUAAACAACAUGGAAUUUCAAUGGGAGAAAUUAUAGAAGAUAAAAAAAAGGAACCAAUGAAAAUUUCUUAUAGAGGUUUAGGUAUUUCUGUAACAAGAUCAUUUAUAACAAGUAUGGUCUUUUUUGGAACAUUUGAAUUAGGAAUGAAAUAUCUUGCAUAG